AAGAGGCGAGCGCGGAAGUGAUGAGGUUGACUAGAUGAGUUACUACUGACUUUGCUGAAUUAAUGGGAAUAUGAGUACCUUCAAAGGCGUGCCGCGGGAGUUCCCAGAGAUUCGAAGUACGAGAGCUUGUGUUUAACCAUCUACCUCUCCGCAGCGCGACUGAGCUGACGUUCAUGAUAUAGUCGACUACUUCAGAAUCGACCCGGGAACACUUCCUCCCAAAGCAUGUUUUUUGUCGCACAUGCAUUCCGACCAUUUGCAGGGUCUGGAGGGGUAUAAUGGACCGUUGAUAUAUUGCUCUGCUGCUACGAAGAGUAUUGUUUUGAUGCUUGAGAAGAAGACUGUCAGGCUUCAAGGUUUGCGGGAGGGAAUCGAGAUGGAGAAUAGGAGGAUGUAUGCUCAUCUGGAGAAAGUUAUGCGCGUGAUCCCGUACGAUACACCAACCACGAUCGAUCUAGACGCACAAAAAACCAUCACAGUAACCCUCACAGAAGCAAACCACUGUCCCGGCUCGACCAUGUUUCUGAUCGAAGACGACCACAGCUCGAUUCUCUACACCGGCGAUCUACGAGCCGAGCCAUGGUGGCUGCAGAAACUUGCGCAGAACCCGUUUUUUAUUCCGUAUACUAUUGGACAGAAGCAGAUAUCGACGGUGUAUCUCGAUACGAGUUUUGUUUCGCGGGAGUCGAGCUGUCAUUACUUCUUUCCUACGAAAGCAGAAGGGGCGAGAAGUCUUAUUCGCAAGAUCAGAGAAUAUCCUUCAGAUACAGUCUUCCAUCUCAAUGCAUGGACCUUUGGCUACGAACAGCUUAUUAUGACCAUCGCGGCCGCAUUCAGAACAAAGAUUCAUACCGACCCUUACCGAUACCGGAUAUUCAAAAGACUGGCGAGACGGGGCGAGUAUGAAUAUGGAAUGCUGCAGUGUCUUACUGAAGAGCCGCUCGAGUCGCGGUUUCACUGCUGCGAGCUGGGGUAUCAAUGUGAUGGUCGACGAGCGAAGAGUACAAAGGUUGUACAUGUCGUUCCGACUGUUUCUAAUGUGGUGCCUGAGCUGGGUGCCGCUUUUCUGGAUGAGCAUGAAUAUAUUGAAAUAGGAGUACCAGCAACCGAGCCGAUCGCCUUCCCACAAACCUCUGCCUACAUCGCUGGAUCCAAAAUCAAAUCCGAACCAGAUCCGGCAAACCAGGCCAUUCUCCUCUCCGCAAAUACAGAAAGUACCCCAGCAAACCUCCAGCCCAAAGUCCUACGAGUCCCAUACUCGCGACAUUCUUCAUAUUCAGAGCUAUGCGAUCUCGUCAGCCUAUUUUCUCCGCUCGACGUGUACCCCUGCGUCGUAAGCGACUACUUUUACGAAGAAAAUCUGACGGUGGAGAGAUUAUUUGGGAAAUUUUGCUCGCAGAAUAUAUAUCACUACUUUGACGUUUAUGAGCUGCCGAAGCUUGUGAUGGCUAGGAAGCAGAAGACGGAUAUGAGUAUGUUUUUGUCAAAGUUUUUGCGGGAUGAAUCGAUUAAGAUGGAGCCUCAACUGUCCUGUUCUCAGUCGAUUUCACUUGGGAUUGUCAAAGCGGAAAGAACAACCUCGGUAUCAUCACCGACUCAGUACAGCGAGUCGAUCGACAACAGUUUUCCCAGAACCACUACUUCAAAGAGAAGCAAAUCAUUUGUCUCCUCAGAGCCAGAACAAGCCUCUUUUUCCGGCUCAAAAGAGAAAAGCAGUCAAACAGCGUGCACCACCACGGCAUUAACGAUCCUACGCAAAGCAGCCGCCAAAAAGCGACGGUUGAACGAACUAGCGCAUGUGGACGCAGCCGAGGCCACAACUCACACAACAAAUAUUCAAACCUCAAAAGCAACUAGAAUACCUUCUUUCUAGAUCAUUGAUCUUUUCGGAGUUGAGAAAUAUUCUGACGUCAUUGCGGCGAGGUGGGUGGUCGUGCGGCGCUCUCAUCUAGACUCGGAGGAGGAUUAGUCCUUACGCGAGCAGCUUACUGAUAGCCCUUCUCAGCUGAUACU